AUGGACGUGGACGUGGACGUGGACAUGGACGUGGACGUGGACGUGGACGUGGACGUGGACGUGGACGUGGACAUGGACGUGGACGUGGACGUAGACAUGGACGUGGACGUAGACGUAGACGUGGACGUGGACGUGGACGUGGACGUGGACGUGGACGUGGACGUGGAGGACGUGGACGUGGACGUGGACGUGGACGUGGAUGUGGAGAACUUGGACGUGGACAUGGACGUGAACGUGGACGUGGACGUGGAGGACUUGGACGUGGACAUGGACUGGACGUGGACGUGGACUGGAGUGGACGUGGACGUGGACGUGGACGUGGACGUGGAGGACGUGGACGUGGACGUGGACGUGGAGAACUUGGACGUGGACAUGGACGUGAACGUGGACGUGGACGUGAACGUGGAGGACUUGGACGUGGACAUGGACGUGGACGUGGACGUGGACAUGGACGUGGACGUGGACGUGGACGUGGACGUGGACGUGGACAUGGACGUGGACAUGGACGUGGACGUGGACAUGGACGUGGACGCGGACAUGGUCGUGGACGUGGACGUGGACGUGGACAUGGACGUGGACGUGGACAAGACGUGGACGUGA